CAGACGGCGUGACCGGCACAUCCGUGACGUCACGACGUCUGCGGCGAGAAGAGAGAGUGAUCACAGAGCAGUAGUCAUAGCGGGUAGGGCGUGUAGCUUCCAACGCCGUUUCUCACCGGAGUUCGCACGCGAGGUCACUGGAGCUUUCGCCUUUCAGUCGUUCCGACGGAGAAGUGGUGUGUGGAGCGUGAAGGACUUGACUGCGAGCAAUAAUGGGUGACUACGUGCCGGAACCAACGGUGACACCAGCGGCAGACUUCAACGCAGCAGAAGAUGGAGCAACACUGAGGGCUGCUAUGAAGGGUCUGGGCACAGACGAGCAGGCGAUCAUAGACAUUCUCACACAGCGCUCGAAUGACCAGCGACAGCAGAUUGCAAAGUUCUUCACAGAGGAAUAUGGCAGGGACUUAAUAGAAGACCUAAAGAGUGAGCUUGGUGGUCACUUUGAGGAUGUUAUAGUGGCACUGGUUGUGCCUCAUUUUGAUUACCUCGCAAAACAGCUCCACAAAGCUAUGGCAGGCCUGGGCACAGAUGAAGAAACACUUGUGGAAAUUCUCUGCAGCAAGACCAAUGAGGAAGUAAAGAAGAUUGUUGAAGCUUAUGAAAGAUUGUAUGACAGACCCCUCGCUGAGCAUUUGUGCAGUGAAACAUCUGGGGAUUUCCGCCGUCUGCUGACACUGAUAAUUACUGAUACAAGGGAUGAGAGCUAUCCACCAAGUAGGGAUUUUGCAGUUACCAUGGCUAAACAACUCAUUGCUGCAGGAGAGCUAAAGCUUGGGACAGAUGAAGAGGUCUUCAAUCGGAUUAUGGCCCAUGAGAGCUUUGCCCAACUACGGCUAAUAUUUGAAGAGUACAAAAACAUUUCCGGCCGCACAAUUGAACAGGCUCUGGAGUCUGAGCUUUCAGGAGAAUUGCUGCUUGCUAUGAUGGCUUUAGUGGAAUGCGUGCAAAGUCCUGCUGCAUAUUUUGCAAAACGCUUGCACAAUGCUCUUGCUGGAGCAGGCACGGACGAUAAAACAUUGAUAAGAAUUAUUGUCUCUCGUAGUGAAAUUGAUCUGGGAACCAUAAAGAAAGAAUAUGAAAGAAUUUAUGAUAAAACACUGGAAAGUGCAGUGAAGAGUGACACUUCUGGUGAUUACAAGAGGGCUCUUGUGGCUUUGAUUGGGGGACCUUGAAGAUAAUAUAGUGUAAGCAACAUGUUUUGUAAAAAUUUUGAACUUCUCAUGAUCUGUGUGUUCAUUAUUAGUUGUAGUUGCCAAGAGUGAGGCUGUCUUGCACUGUGUGCAGUUUACUAUGCUUUUUUGUGGUAAAUCUCUGAAUGUGUACCAAAGAAAUGUAUCAGAUGAACUGUUAAAUGAAAAAAUGUUUUAAAAGUUCUUGUUUCCAGUCAAAGGCAAAAUAAAUUUUUCAUUUUGCUUAAA